UGCUCGCUGCCAGCGGCCGCGUCUCUUGCCCGGCGCCCUGCGGGAGGUGCCUGCCAAAGGGGGGGGGGCUGGAGCCGCUGCAUGGGGGACAAAGCCGCAGCUGCUGCUGCUGCCGCCGCCGCCGCCUGCUGCUGCCGCGUGGGGGCGGCCCCGCCUCCCUCUGCCCCCCGCUGAGCCGGAGGAUGCCCCGGGCCGCGGGUGUGUGAGAAGCUCGCUCCCGGCCCGCGGUGGCGUUUGGAUGCGUUUGGCCGCCCCGCGCCUGGCCCCGCGCCCGCCGCGCCAUGCACACCGUGCAGAAGGACACUACCUUCACCAAGAUCUUCGUCGGGGGGCGGCCCUACCACACCACCGACUCCUCCCUGAGGAAGUACUUCGAGGGCUUCGGGGACAUCGAGGAGGCGGUGGUGAUCACCGACCGGCAGACGGGCAAAUCCCGGGGAUAUGGCUUUGUGACCAUGGCAGACAGAGCUGCAGCUGAGAGAGCAUGCAAAGAUCCCAACCCCAUCAUUGAUGGCAGAAAAGCAAAUGUGAACCUGGCAUAUCUGGGAGCAAAACCAAGGAGUAUUCAAACUGGUUUUACCAUAGGUGUGCAGCAGCUACAUCCAGCCUUUAUUCAGAGACCGUAUGGGCUCACCCCUCACUAUAUUUACCCUCAAGCGAUUGUUCAGCCGAGCGUGGUCAUCCCAACCCCCGUGCAGUCCAUCACGUCUCCCUACAUAGACUACACCUCCGCGAGCCAAGCCUACACCCAGUAUACCACAGCUGCCUACGACCAGUACCCCUACGCCGCUUCUCCUGCUGCUGGCUUUGUGGGAUACGGCUACACAAACACCCUUCAGCAGCCCAUCACAGCUAGCAAUCCGGCAGCACACACCACGGCUUUUGUUCAGUAUCAGCCCCAACAGCUGCAGCCCGACCGUAUGCAGUAAGGGCCCUGCCCAUGCGUUCGCCAUGUAGGACAAUCUUUUACAGUGGAAGGAUACAAACACAAAAACCAAGCAAAAGCAAAACCACCCAACCUUAUUAGGUGCAUACAAAUACCUAAGCUAUUUAUAGUGUUAAGGAUGAGCCUAAACCUUUACUGUCUGACUACGCUCAUGGAAAAGGACUUCCGGUAAGUUUCUUUCAAUCAGAGCAAAUAUUGUCUUGAAGAUGGACUUAAAGUGACUGAAAUGUUAAAAGGAAAACUACAAUUUCUUGCACACUUAGUGGUCUGCUUCCAUUGCCUGUCAUCUUCUCCCUCCCCUUCCACCCCUUCCCACCCUGCCAUCAGCUGUUUCCUCCACUCUCCCCACUCAAAUCUGCAAUCCUCUCAUUUACUGUCGAGAUAUACAAGGUACUCGGAGAACAUGGAUAAAAAGCAAUCUUAUUUUUUGGUUGUACAAAAACUUUGUAAUACUCAGAGAUGCCUUACAGAAAAAAGAAAGAGAAACUAUUUUUUAAAUAUUUAUUGCGAUUUUAUUCGCAUGAGCUGUGAAUUGCAGACAGAAGAAUAGUAGUGAGUAUCUGCCUUGUUUAAUUCUCAUUUUACUAAAUUAUUGUAUGUAGGUAAAAGUUCCUAAGUAAUUGCUGAAUCACUUCAACAUGCAAAAGGGAAUACUGGCUUUAAGGAAAGCAGAAUAUUCCUUUAGUCAACGCACUGUAAUAUUUUCUUAUAAUUGUAAUUGUUACUCUUAAGAUUAUCUCAGACUUAGGUAUAUUUUUAAAAUGCAAAAAAAUCAAAAACAAAAAUCCCCCACCUCGAAUAAUGAGCAUAUUGGCUACUUUGAUAGAUCUUUUGUUAUAAUGCUGCAACUUAUGGAGAAAUUGACAGUAUUUAAGUAAAAGUUAGACAGUUUUCAGGCUGUUGGCUGGCAAAGCUUAGGAGAAUGUCAGAAAUGGAUUAAAAUAUUUUACAUAAUUGAACAAAUGGGUAAAUGUAACAUUUUUAUGCCUACGGUGCAACAGCCAAAUAAAGAGAGAAAAUGACAAAAUAAGAUAAGUGCAUUUUUACAGAAAGGAGCAAUAAAUUAUUGAUUAAAAAAACCCACUCAAUACUAUGUUGUAUGCUCCAGCCAAAUAUGGUAUUAAAGGCAAAAUUAAACUGACCUGAAUUGGAUACAUCAGGCCUAUCCCUGCAGCUGUUGUGGACUUCAUCCUGAGAGAUUCUGAGCCAUCUUCAAGUCUCCUGGGCCGUUCUACAAUUUCUAGCAACUUCCAAUGGAAUCCCAUAGAGUCAUAGAACACUAGAACUGGAAGAGACCUCAAGAGGUCAUCGAGUCCAGUCCCCUGCCCUCACGGCAGGGCCAAGCACCAUUUAGAUCAUCCCUGAUGUCUAUCCAACCUGUUCUUAAAUAUCUACUUUAAGGCACCUGGCUCUUCCUUGCCCUGCACACUAGGGUCUAUGUCUACACUGCACCGUUUUCCGGAAUAAUGGCUGUUAUUCUGGAAAAACAAUACUAGCGUCCACACAGCAAUUGCAUUAUUUCAAAAGAAAAUC